UUCUUUUGAAGAAGAAGAAACAGAGCUUCUCUGGCUCUCAGCCUAUCCUGUCAAUGGCCAAGUCAAAGAACAACAACACUAAUAAGCUUUCUUACAUUUCAGUCCCUUCUCAGAUAAUCAAGUCUUUGUCUUCAUCUUCUCUGCAAUCACUCCUUUCAGCUAAGAAAUCUUCAUGGAGUAAAAACAGGUACUUGAGCUGGUUCACCAACUACAGGAGCCCAAAGUUCUGGGUUUUAUUUCUGUUUCUCUUUGGCUUUCUUGGUAUGCUGAAGUUGGGAUUCAACCUUCACCCUUUGAUCCCAUAUUCUCCAUAUCCAUGUACCACAAGUCAGUUACAGAACUUGGUCUCUAAUGGGUAUUUAAAAUCACAUAUGGCUAAUGCUUCAAAUGGUGAAAACAGUCACCAACUUGAGGUUUUCAACAGUGUGAGCCAUUCACAGCCGUUGAUUUCAAAUGGGAAUUUGAAAUCAGAGGUGGGUGUUGAAGAAGCUGAGCAAAGUGAGUUUUGGAAGCAACCGGAUGGUUUGGGGUAUCGGCCGUGCUUGGCCUCGAGCAAUGAGUAUAAAAAAGCUAGUGCAGGUAUUGUGAAGGAUAAGACAAAAUAUCUGAUUGUUGUUGUUUCUGGUGGGAUGAACCAGCAAAGGAAUCAGAUUGUUGAUGCUGUGGUUAUUGCUAGGAUUCUUGGGGCUGCUUUGGUUGUUCCCAUUUUGCAAGUUAAUGUUAUUUGGGGAGAUGAAAGUGAAUUUUCUGAUAUCUUUGAUUUGGAGCACUUCAAGAAAGUUCUUGCCAAUGAUGUUCGUAUAGUUUCUUCACUGCCAUCGACACAUAUAAUGACAAGGCAGGUGGAGAAACGGACUCCUUUUCAUGCUUCACCUAAUUGGAUUCGGUCACGUUAUCUCAAGAGGGUAAGAACCAUUGCUGUCUUUGUGCUUGCUUUCAAUUAAGCAACCGUGUUGUUUUUCAAAAGAUUUAUGUUGUUUUUCAAAACAUUUGAAUAAAGGAAAUAUGAAAGAGAGAAAAGAUGCUUUGGCUUAGUUUGUUAUGUAUGGAGCUUAAACUUGUUUGUGGGCCUUGCGACACAAUCGUUUUGGUUUUGUUUGGUUGUUUGUUUUUGCUGGUGCGUUCCUACACAAGUGUCAGCUUUUGAUCUGCUGUUCUCAUCUUUUCGUUUUUACUAUUGUUCCUACUAUACUCUAACCGUGCUGUGAUCACACAAUUGAAGAGCCGUCCAGUCCAAUCCAAUGCCUAAAA